UAGGAAUCCUAAUCGACGGGUAUCGUCAAAAUAUUACGCUUUCGUCGUAUCGAUAACGAUUUACUUUGUAAUUUGUACUAUGGCUAAAUUUAGAUAUCAUUUUCUAAAUAACUGAUGAUAGGCAUAUUAUAGAUUUAUAAUUUGUCGAUAUAAAAUGUCAAUGUGUCUCACGGUAUUAAGAUGAUAAUUAAUAAUUAAUAAUACAAAUCACGGGGUCCUUUAACAAGAGUGGGGCUCCUUUAACGCCGGCACUGCUUUAUUACAGUUAUUUUCAGAUUUUAAGAAGAUAAUAUAUGAUACUAAUUAGUCAAACGAGUACGCAUUUGUUUUAAUUGUAAACUACAUAGUACUGCUUCGAUGUCAUCGUUAUCGGUUGAAAUAUGGUUUGCGUCGUCUUUUUUUUGUUUUUGUUCAAAUGUUCCGGUUUGGGCGCAAUGUUAAUAUAACAAAAUCGUCGUACUGUCGUAAUAGUAGUCGUGGUCGUCCUUUCACUAACCCGUGUCUUUAUCACACGAACACGCCGAUCAUACGACUGAUUAGAUUGAUUUCUUGGUUAUGUGUGCAUAGUAUAACUAUGAGUUUUUUUGAAGUGUAAACACACAUAUAUUAUUAUUGUUAUUUUCAUUAUUUAUAUUAAUAUUGUAUUAUUGCCCAGUGCCGGCUGUGAGUCGUGGCGAACAGUAAUAACAGUAUUAUAAUGUCGACCGGUUGAAGUUUGUUUUUUGUACUGGGUUGGAUAGAAACGUCGAAAAAAAAUUAACAUAACACUAAUCUCUUCCAACAAAUGUAAGGUGCACACGCCCGUUAAUCUUUGACUUAGUCUCCGCGAUACCGCGAUUCACCGCGACAAUCCGAUUGGUCGCUGACAUCGUACAGAGUGCUAAGUUGUUGUCGCCACGUGAAACGACAUCGAAGUAAUAUUAUGUCGUGAUAUAAGAGACUGUUUCUCCGCGUUGUUCGUAACAUUCAUGUUUAUUGACAAAAGCAUUUGCUUGUUGGAUAUCAUGGGUAAUUGGACCAGCUGUUGCUCGUAUACUAGCCCGUUGUCCAGGCGCAAGGACGUCAACGGUGCUAUAAACGAAUUUCCACAAGAGGGCGAGGAGAGUGUUGGCAACUUACAACACAUUAGUGAACGCGAGCACGAUGACUGGAACACAGACCCAUCUGUUCAUCCUAAAGUCGCGACAAUAUUUUUAGAAAGAUCCAAAGUCGAAAAUGGUUUAACAAGAAAACAAAGUCAAUCUCAGAUUGUUGACUUUAGAUCUCUCAAAAAAAGUAGUUCAUGUUCUACUAUAUAUUUGGAUGACAGUACAGUAUCCCAACCAAAUCUAAAAAAUACUGUUAAAUGUGUAGCACUUGCAAUUUAUUAUCAUAUAAAAAAUAGAACUUCCGAAAGACAAAUUGAAAUCUUUGAUGAAAAAUUACAUCCCUUAACUAGAGAUAGAGUACCUGACAAUUAUGAUGUUCAUAGUCCAGAACAUCGUCAAAUAUAUAAAUUUGUUCGAACAUUAUUUAACGCUGCACAAUUAACUGCUGAAUGUGCUAUUAUAACAUUAGUUUAUUUAGAAAGAUUAUUAACUUAUGCAGAAGUUGAUAUUACACCAGCAAAUUGGAAGAGAAUUGUCCUGGGAGCUAUACUGUUAGCUUCUAAAGUAUGGGAUGAUCAGGCUGUAUGGAAUGUAGAUUACUGUCAAAUUCUUAAGGAUAUUACUGUAGAAGAUAUGAAUGAAUUAGAGCGUCAAUUCUUGGAGAUGCUUCAGUUCAACAUCAAUGUUCCAUCCAGUGUAUAUGCCAAGUAUUAUUUUGAUUUACGUUCGUUGGCCGAAGAUAAUGAAUUGACAUUUCCAGCAGAACCAUUAAGCAAAGAACGAGCUAAGAAAUUGGAAGCUAUGUCUAGAGUAUUUGAAGAUAAAAUAACAGCAGAAUUUCUAAAAAAUGGCAUAAAAAAAUGGUCUAGUCUAGAUAAUAUAAGCAGUUCAACAAUUGCUCGUAAAAGUAUUGCUAUAUUAUCUUAAAAAGUAAAUUAUGACUUUGAUAUAACAAAGAAAAUGUAAUAUCACCUAUAUUGUGA